AAACCAAAAAGACAAAUCACCACUUGUCUCAAUUCAUGAACUUUUGUUUGCUUUUCCCACCGGCCGUCGCCGCUGCCGGGAACAACAAGAUGUCUUCACAGCCCGGGCAAGAAGCCCCACCCUCCGCGGCGGACUUCUCCGCCGCCACCAUUAGUAAGAAGGCACUAAAGAAGGAUGCCAGAAACGCCGAGAAGGCGGCGAAGAACGAGGAGCAGGCGCUCCAGCCCGCCGCCGCCGCCGAAGACCCCUUCGCGGAGAACUAUGGCGACGUCCUCCCCGGAGAGAUCCUGCCCAAGGCGAUCUCCGGCGAACCGUGGACCAAGGUUGGCCAUCUCGAUGAGGCCGCCGUCGGACGCUCCGUGCUGAUCCGCGCGCGGGCGCAUACGAUCCGGCCGGUCGGCAGGAAGAUGGCCUUCGUGGUGCUGCGGCAGGGCAUGAGCACCGUGCAGUGCGUGCUCGUCGUCAGCGCCGACGCCGGCAUCAGCGCGCAGAUGGUGCGUUUCGCCGCUUCUCUCCCCAAGGAAUCGGUCGUCGCCGUGGAGGGCGUCGUCUCCCUCCCCAAGGAGGACCUCAAGUCCGCCACACAAGAGGUGGAGAUUCAAGUGAGGAAGCUCUAUUGCAUUGAUAGAGCCGAUCCAAACCUUCCAAUAACCGUCGAGGAUGCGGCAAGGAGUGAGUCGGAAUUUGUAAGAGCUGAGCAAACUGGAGAGAAGCUUGUCCGCGUUGGACAAGACACACGCUUGAACCAUCGAGUUAUUGAUCUGCGAACACCUGCAAAUCAAGCCAUUUUCCGCGUGCAGUAUGAACUUGAAAACAAAUUCAGGGAAUAUCUGUCUUCAAAUGAUUUUAUUGGCAUCCACACUCCAAAGCUGAUUUCGGGAUCAAGUGAAGGCGGAGCAGCAGUAUUCAAGCUUGAAUAUAAUGGUCAGCCUGCUUGUUUAGCACAAUCCCCUCAGCUGCACAAGCAGUUGGCUAUCUGCGGUGGGUUUAGAGGUGUAUUUGAGGUUGGACCUGUGUUUAGAGCCGAAAAUUCCAACACACAUAGGCAUCUGUGCGAGUUUGUUGGUUUGGAUGCUGAAAUGGAGAUUAUGGAGAACUAUUUUGAGGUUUGCGAUAUUGUUGAUGGCUUAUUUGUUGAACUAUUUAAACACUUGAAUGACAAAUGCAAGAAGGAGCUUCAGACAAUUAAUAGGCAGUUUCCAUUUGAACCUCUAAAGUACCUAGAUAAAACCUUGAGGCUGAGUUACGAGGAAGGAAUAACAAUGUUAAAGGAAGCUGGAACAGAAAUUGAACAUAUGGGUGACCUCAAUACUGAAGCUGAGAAGAAACUAGGCCGGCUUGUCAGAGAGAAGUAUGAUACUGAUUUUUUCAUUCUCUAUCAAUAUCCUUUGGCUGUACGCCCCUUCUACACCAUGCCUUGUUAUGAAAACCCGCUUUACAGCAACUCUUUUGAUGUCUUCCUUCGAGGCGAGGAAAUCAUUUCCGGAGCACAAAGAAUACAUGAUCCCGAGCUGUUGGCCAAACGUGCGGUUGAGUGCGGAAUCGAGAAGAGUUCUAUUGAGUCAUACGUCAGAUCAUUCAGUUAUGGUACACCUCCUCAUGGCGGGUUUGGGGUCGGCCUGGAGAGAGUGGUGAUGCUGUUUUGCGCCCUAAACAACAUCCGGAAGACAUCGCUUUUCCCUCGUGACCCGCAGAGGCUGGUACCAUAAUCUUCUUUCCCGCAAGAGCGUUUGCUGGCUGAUCCAUCAUCCUUAUUCUAGCCAUAUUGCCUUGCCUACUACGGCCUCCACACAAGAGCAAUGAAGGCCACGCUCUGUCAGUUAUGUUUAACUACUCAAGGCCUGUCCGUGUAUAUAUCAUUGGAGCCUAAUCAGACCGCUAGCUAAUCAGACCAUUAGUACUGUACAGGGGCUUAAAGCAAAUAUAUUUUGUUGAAAUGGAGUCUAGAGAUACACGUGGCUCCCUGGUUUGCAGCAUCUGUUGGACUAACCAUGUAUAUCAACUUAAAAGUGACAUGAAUUAGGAGAGUAUCAAACUUGUUUCUAAAA